AUGGAGAGCACGCAGGCUCUCCUUUUAACUGCUGCCGUUUGCCUUCUCUGUCAAGAUUUAUUCCAAAAAUAGAUCUGGAAUGAUUACAAGCUUCGGUGGAAUCCAGCAGACUAUGGAGGUGCUGAAUUCAUCCGAGUACCAUCUGGCCAGAUCUGGAAGCCAGAUAUUGUUUUAUAUAACAAUGCAGUUGGGGAUUUCCAGGUUGAUGACAAGACCAAGGCUCUAUUAAAAUACACGGGUGAUGUGACAUGGAUACCUCCAGCUAUAUUUAAAAGCUCAUGUAAAAUAGAUGUAACCUACUUCCCAUUUGACUACCAGAACUGCACCAUGAAGUUUGGUUCCUGGUCUUAUGAUAAAGCCAAAAUUGACUUAGUUUUAAUUGGCUCUACAAUGAACCUAAAAGAUUACUGGGAGAGCGGAGAAUGGGCUAUUAUUAAAGCUCCUGGGUAUAAACAUGACAUCAAAUACAACUGCUGUGAAGAGAUAUACCCAGACAUCACAUAUUCUCUUUACAUUAGGCGUUUACCUUUAUUUUACACUAUCAAUAUGAUUAUUCCAUGUCUGCUGAUUUCUUUUCUGACUGUGUUAGUUUUCUAUUUGCCUUCAGACUGUGGCGAGAAGGUAACACUCUGCAUAUCAGUCCUUCUAUCCUUAACAGUGUUCCUUCUUGUUAUCACAGAAACCAUACCUUCUACUUCCCUGGUGAUUCCACUUAUUGGGGAAUACCUCCUUUUCACCAUGAUAUUUGUAACUCUAUCUAUUGUCAUUACUGUGUUUGUACUUAACGUGCACUACAGAACACCCAAGACACACACAAUGCCUGUGUGGGUGAGAACCAUUUUCUUGAACUUACUUCCCAGGAUCAUGUUUAUGACAAGACCUGCCAGUGAUGAAGAGAAUAAUCAGAAGCCAAAACCAUUUUUCACUUCUGAGUUUUCAAACUUGAAUUGCUUCAACAGUUCUGACACCAAAUGUUGCAAAGAUGGCUUUGUGUGUCAAGAUAUGGCAUGCAGCUGCUGUCAGUACCAACGGAUGAAGUUCUCUGAUUUCAGUGGCAAUCUCACAAGAAGUUCAAGUUCUGAGUCUGUAGAUCCUCUGUUUUCAUUUUCAGUUCUGUCACCAGAAAUGAGAGAUGCUAUUGAAAGUGUUAAAUACAUUGCAGAAAAUAUGAAAAUGCAGAAUGAAGCCAAAGAGAUUCAGGACGACUGGAAAUACGUUGCCAUGGUAAUCGAUCGUAUUUUUCUCUGGGUUUUCAUCCUGGUAUGUAUUCUAGGAACAGCAGGAUUGUUUUUACAACCUUUGAUGGCUGGAGAUGACAUGUAA